AUGAAAGGGUUUAUCUUUGCGUUUGCAGUCAGUUAUUUCAUUAUAUCGUCAAUAGGUCAAUGCCCACCUAAUGUUGGAUACCUUGCUGUAACCAGUUGUGAUGGAUCAACCAAAAAUGGACCAUAUAUUUACAUUGACUUCUAUAAAAUCAACCGUCCAUGCUACUGUACGGUGAUCACGUCUUUUAUUGGUGAUCUGCUCGUAACGUCUAUGAAAGGAAUUGGUCGUAUAUGCGAAACACAAGUAACCGUUGUAACCGUUUACAAUUACAGAUAUAUGUUUAAUUGCCAGGCAUCAGAAGUAUCUGCCGUUUUACAUGUCAAAAUCAAUCAAUCGGUAUCCGUACUAGCUGAAUACUCAUCACUUUCUACAUCAGGAGCGUUCUAUCAUUGUUUGAGAUUUAACGAAAACGGGGGUUUAGGUGGAAAUCUUAGUGUAGUAUGUGGAAGUAACCAUUCAGCAGAAACAACAUCAAUGGAAACAUCUACUACAACCGCUUCGUCUACUACACGAUUAAUAAGUACAACUUCUGAGUUGUCAUCAGUGGAACUUAUAACUACAUCUGCAAUAAAUGAGAAUAUAUCGGAUGCUACUGGGUCAACUGCUGCUACUUUGUCGGAGGAAAAUAAAUCCGAGUCACUUUUGUCCUUACAAAUUUCGUUGGCUCUAUUCGUGAUGAUUUCGACAGUUUCAACAAUUUUGAAUAUAUAUUUUUAUAGAUACAUCAAAACAAGAAAGAAAUCUUGGAACGGGAAAUCUAACUCUAAAGGUAUAAAAGACCAUCGAAGUGGGACAGCAACUAAUGCUGAAACCUACACAGAACUUGGAAAUACGGUGUCAGGGGAAUCUGAAAACCAGUACGACUCUAUCUCACGCCAGAAUAACUACAUGAACACGAAUGUCCUUUAAACUUUUCUUACAGGUGAAUUCAUGUCACUUGCAAUUGGACUCAAUAUUGGAAGUAGUACAGGGUGUUUAACAAUAUAUGUCAUUAAUCUAAAGGCAAAAAGAAUGAUAAC